AUGGUGUGGGGGUUGGUACUGGUGUUGAGCUGCUUGCUCCAGACUUUCUCAGCCUACAGUGACUUUUACACGUCCAUUGGUCAGAUGACAGAUCUGUUGUACACAGAGAAAGAUUUAGUCACUUCACUGAAAAAUUAUAUAAUGGUAGAGGAGAUGAAGCUGAAGCAGGUCAAACAGUGGGCAGAGAAGAUGGACACGUUGUCAGCCACGGCAACACAGGACCCAGAAGGAUUCCUGGGGCACCCGGUCAAUGCCUUUAAACUUAUGAAGAGGCUAAACACAGAAUGGGGAAACCUGGAGAACCUGGUGCUGAAGGACAGCGCAGAAGGCUUCAUCUCUAACCUGACGCUCCAGAGGCAACACUUCCCUACAGAUGAGGACCAGACGGGAGCAGCCAAAGCCCUGCUCAGACUGCAGGACACCUACAGAUUAGACACCAACACCAUUUCUACAGGAGACCUGCCGGGAGUGACGCACAAGAGCUUAAUGACAGUGGAGGACUGCUUUGAGCUGGGAAAGAUUGCAUACUCUGAGGUGGACUACUACCACACAGAGUUGUGGAUGGAGCAGGCCCUGAAGCAGCUAGAAGAAGGAGAGGAGUCCACGGUGGACAAAGUCACUGUGUUGGACUACCUCAGCUACGCCAUCUACCAGCAGGGGGACCUAGGCAGGGCCUUGGAGCUCACCAAGAAGCUGCUUAGAAUUGACCCGGAUCACCAGCGGGCCAACGGCAACCUGAAGUACUUUGAGUUUCAACUGAUAAAGCAGAGGAAGGCCCAGGCUGAUGAGGCCAAGAAGGCCCAGGUUGAGGACAAAGACAAAAAGCGAAGGAAGAGGCAGCCAAGUGAUGCCUCCAAGAAAAAGGCCUUCAAGGAGCCCGUCCCAGAGAGAAAGAUGUAUGAAAUGUUGUGUCGCGGAGAAGGUGUCAAGAUGACCAAUCGCAGACAGAGCCGGCUCUUUUGUCGUUACUACACCAACAACGGUAACCCCAGUUACCUGCUGAGUCCGGCCAAGCAGGAGGAUGAGUGGGACCGGCCCUACAUCGUCCGGUACCAUGACAUCAUCUCUCACAGCGAGAUUGAGAAGAUCAAAGAGCUGGCCUUGCCUAAGCUUCGCCGGGCCACCAUAUCCAACCCUAUCACUGGUGUGCUCGAGACUGCCCCCUACAGGAUCAGCAAAAGUGCCUGGUUAACAGGGUAUGAUCACCCUAUGAUUGACCAGAUAAAUCAGCGGAUUGAGGACCUCACAGGAUUGGAGAUGGACACAGCAGAAGAGUUGCAGGUUGCGAACUAUGGUGUGGGAGGCCAGUAUGAGCCCCACUUUGACUUUGGGCGGAAAGAUGAGCCUGAUGCCUUUAAAGAGCUGGGGACCGGAAACCGAGUAGCCACCUGGCUGUUCUAUAUGAGUGAUGUGGCGGCAGGAGGCGCCACAGUUUUCCCAGAUGUGGGCGCUGCAGUAUGGCCCAAAAAGGGGACUGCCGUGUUCUGGUACAACCUGUUUCCCAGUGGCGAGGGUGACUACAGCACGAGGCACGCCGCAUGUCCCGUGCUGGUGGGGAACAAGUGGGUAUCAAACAAAUGGAUCCACGAAAGAGGGCAGGAGUUCCGACGUCCCUGUGGCCUGACUGAGAUUGCAUGACGAAAGGAACCACGCACCUUCACCUCUGAUACCCUUCCCUUUGAACCCCAGGACCUGAGAACACUGCUGCAAAUGACGGGCCACGAACAGGCGUUUAUGGGCAACGUUUCCUCCUCUUUCUCCCUCCCUUCAAUCACACCUUCCCUUCACUUAGUGCCUCUCUGAGCCUAGGAUGUUGUGGAGCUUUCCGUUUGGACAGUGUUAGUGGUGCUUGAACUGACAUGGUGCUCUCAUCUGUUACAUAUUCAUUGAAGACAUUCUGUGUUCACAGUAUUGUGUCUUUGUUUCCCUACUUUAUAGAAUAUUUUUGUACUCAAAUACAAUUUUUUAGAGCACAGAUCUUCUAGAGGAGAUUAUGUAAUGUAUACAGUGGGGAGAACAAGUAUUUCAUACACUGCCGAUUUUGCAGGUUUUCCUACUUA